AUGAGAAAAUCAACGCAUUGGGCAAGGACAAACCAGUCCGAUAUAACAUUCCCUACCGCUAUGUUCCGAAGUGGGACAUUGAAAUGUUUGGCGAGGAGGCGGAGAAGGAUGCGACAAACCACGUCAAGAUCCAGUAAAGCAGCAGAUUGUAGCACUAAGUUGUAUUUUGUUUAUUCUGUAACUUCAUGGUCAAGAAUAGACUGUGUCACCAAUUGUCACGCCAUGCCUCCGCUGUCUCGUUCUUCAUCUGGCAUGGGAUACGAGCGCAAGCGCCAGACCACGGGCCCUGUUCCCAGCUCUUCUACAUCUUCCUUCACCCGCAACGCGUUUGCUAUGCACGACCAAACGCGUUCCGCAUCGCCACCAGCUUCCACGUACUUCCCCCAACUUUCGUCAGAUGGUGCUGGCUCGCGCCUUAGACCAACGCCAGACGCCGAACCACACUUCGCCUACAGCACAACACUUAGACGACAUAAUGCUGAUCUUCCCCUCUCCCCCACCAACUUCGCCUCCGCAGUUAACACGGAAGCAUCUAAUUUGUGGACUAGAGCGGUGAACGUCGUUACUGGACGACCAGCGGAAAUGGAUAUAGAGGAGGGAAGAAACUCGCCGCACCCAAAGAUCGAACCAAAAGACACCAUGUCGGCUCGCUUUGCGCAUUCUUCUGUUGACGAAGCAAUUGCACACUUCAGGACCUCUCUAGACUCUGGUCUCUUACGCUCCGACAUCCCCAAUCUACUUGCAACUCAUGGGUACAACGAAUUCUCUGUCUCGACCCCAGAGCAUGUGCUCGUCAAAUUCGCCAAAACCAUAUACGAAUCCCCACUCAUUCUACUUCUUUGCGCAAGUGCAACGGUCAGCGCACUGAUGGGCAAUGUUGACGAUGCGGUUAGCAUUGCUGUAGCCGUUCUCAUCGUCUUAACAGUCGGUUUUGUCCAAGAGCAACGUUCGGAGAAGAGUUUAGAGGCCCUCAACAAGCUCGUUCCCCACCACUGUCAUGUCUUACGCGAAAACCAAACAAUUCAUAUUCUGGCCAACGAACUUGUGCCAGGAGAUGUCGUAACGUUCUCAACGGGAGACCGCAUACCCGCCGAUAUUCGAAUCGCCACUGCCUUCGACUUGGAAAUCGACGAAAGUAGUCUAACGGGUGAAACGGAAGCCAGACGGAAAGGUGUAGAAACUUGCUCGUACGAAGGACCACACCGGGAUCCGGUGUCUUUGGCGGAGCGGUCAUGCAUCGCAUACAUGGGAACCCUGGUCAGAAGUGGACGAGGGAGCGGAAUCGUUAUCGCCACUGGGACAGACACGGAGUUUGGGGUCAUCUUCUCAAUGAUGCAAGAUGUCGAGGAGAAACGGACUCCGCUCCAGCUCAGCAUGGACGAACUCGCAAAAAACCUUUCGAUUCUUUCUUUUGGAAUCAUCGGUGUUAUCUGUCUCAUUGGCGUCAUCUCACAUCGGUCAUGGCUCGACAUGUUCACCAUUGGCGUCUCGCUUGCUGUUGCUGCUAUUCCAGAAGGACUACCCAUCGUUACGACUGUAACACUCGCGCUUGGUGUCUUGCGGAUGGCUAAACGUAAAGCCAUCGUAAAGAAACUUCACUCAGUCGAAUCGCUUGGUAGUGUUUCGGUGAUUUGCUCGGACAAAACAGGGACCCUCACCAAGAACGAGCAAACAGUCAUGGAAGCAUACACGGUCGAUGAGCUUGUGCAACUCGAUCCACCACCACCAAGUCUAUCACCCGCGCUCUUAAAGACCUUUGAUAUCGGUGUUUUGUGCAACAAUGCUGCAAGAAACGAAGAAGGGAUCGUUGUUGGCCAAUCAACCGAUGUGGCCUUCAUAAACGUGUCAUAUAAUCUUGGACUUGCUGAUCGCAGAACGACUUUCAAACGACUCUCGGAACGACCCUUCAAUUCAGAACAAAAGUUUAUGGCUGUCAGUGGAAUUCACACCGAUUCAAUGACGCUGGGUGUGAAUGGACGAGAAAUGUACUACAUGAAGGGCUCGAUCGAGUCGGUGCUCGAGCGCUGCAAGUUCUAUUAUGUCAACGACGAGAGCACGCCGGCUCUUGACGCAAGCACCAGAGGAGUUAUUCUUGGAAAAGCACAGGCCGUUGCUAGUCGCGGGUUACGCGUCGUUGCUAUGGCCUUUGGUAUUGGCUCGGCUGGUGCAACAACCGGAACUUCAACGCCUGCGGGGAGCCGUAGUCAAAGUCCCAACCCGGAAAACUCUCGAGAUGGAUGGAACCUCGUCUUUGCAGGCUUCCAGGCAAUGCUCGACCCACCUCGUAAAGGAGUCGCGGAUGCUAUUGGCUUGCUGCAGGCAGGUGGGGUCCAGGUUGUUAUGAUCACUGGUGAUGCGGAAGAGACGGCUUUGUCGAUUGCGCGCGAGUUGGGGCUGAAAGUUGGUGGACAUAGCGCAGCGCCGGGCACUUUCUGUUUGACGGGCAAGAUGAUUGACCAGAUGAAUAAGGCGCAACUGAAGGAGCGGGUGGGGACUGUUAGCGUGUUUGCGAGGACGACGCCGAGACAUAAGAUGGCGAUCGUGGAGGCUUUCCAGUCAAGAGGGGCAGUUGUGGCUAUGACAGGUGAUGGAGUCAAUGAUGCUCCGGCGCUGAAAAUGGCUGAUAUUGGUGUCUCAAUGGGCAAAAGCGGGACGGAUGUGGCCAAAGAGGCCGCAGAUGUUAUUCUCGUUGAUGAUAACUUCAGCACGAUCCUUCCUGCGGUGGAGGAAGGCAAAUCGAUCUUCCACAACAUCCAAAACUUUUUGUCGUUUCAACUCAGUACCGCUGCCGCUGCGUUGUCGCUCAUCACACUCAGUACAUUCCUUGGAUUGAACAAUCCUUUGAAUGCGAUGCAAAUUUUGUUCAUCAACAUCCUCAUGGACGGCCCACCCAGCCAGAGUCUGGGUGUAGACCCUGUUGAUCCUGCAGUAAUGCGGCGGCCUCCACGGAAAAAGGAUGCGCCUAUCAUUACCAGACGGUUGUUAUACCGUGUGCUGUUUUCCGCGUCCAUCAUUGUCAUUGGAGUUUUGUUCGUAUAUAUCUAUGCGCUGCAGGACGACAAAAUGUCAAGACGAGAGCAGACUAUGACUUUCACGUGCUUCGUUUUCCUCGACCUCGUUUCGGCGAUUCAGAACCGAGGUAUUGCUUGUGGGCUGCUGCAGAACAAAAUGCUCGUCACGACGGUGUCAAUAUCGGCGGUGACCCAGCUCGCGUUGGUCUAUGUGCCUUUUAUGCAGGCCAUAUUCCAGACUGCAGCGCUCGACUCGGGUGACCUGGGCAUCAUACUGACGUUGGCGGGGACGAGCUUUGUGUUGCAUGAAGGGAGGAGGAGGUAUGAGAGACAGCUGAAUCUUGAUCUAGUUUGGGCAGAGAGUGUGGAGGGGGUCGUAUAA